AUGUCUGGAAGAGGCAAAGGCGGUAAAGGACUGGGAAAAGGAGGCGCUAAGCGUCAUCGUAAAGUUCUGCGUGAUAACAUCCAGGGAAUCACCAAACCCGCCAUCCGUCGUCUCGCUCGCCGUGGUGGAGUUAAGCGUAUCUCAGGUCUGAUCUACGAGGAGACUCGUGGCGUGUUGAAGGUGUUUCUGGAGAAUGUGAUCCGUGAUGCCGUUACAUACACCGAGCACGCCAAGAGGAAGACCGUUACUGCUAUGGAUGUUGUGUACGCGCUGAAACGGCAGGGACGCACUCUGUACGGGUUCGGCGGUUAAGCAUUUACAAUCAGUUCA